GGAUGAGCGAAGAAUCUCCAUAGAACUCAAGCUAGGACAUGGAAUGAGUUGAUGGAGCUAAGACCGACAACUGGAUGGAGGUGGAUCUGAAGACCUCCCCCUGUAAGACACGCUUUCUCAAGACCGGUGGGGUGGGGGACUUCAUCUCCCAGAAUUCCUCUUCCAGAGACGCUGGAGAAUUGCCCCAAGGUCGAGGAAGAGGUGCCAGUGGAGCCCCGAGGACCAUAAACGAGUCUCAAAGUCCUCGUUCCUCUGUCCACCUUGUUUUGCAGGAAGAACCUUGGAGAAUUCGGUGGGGUGGAAAUCCCCAAGUCAUCUGUCAGGAAGGCAACGAGCUGAGUAUCCGGGCAUAAAAAGGAGAACUCCCUCUUCCCAGGAACCACAUCUGCGGUGGACCUCCGUAGCAGGAGAACCAAGGAUGGGAAGCUACUUCUGGAAGACCGUGCUGGUGCUUGGGGCUCUUUCAGCCUCUGGACGUUGUGCACUGUCACACCAGUUGUUGAGGUAUGACGAGGCUGUGUCACAGGGAGUGGUCCUCUACAACAGCAAAGCGGAGGAAGACUCGUUCUACCGUCUGCUGGAGGCUGUUCCUCAACCUGAAUGGGAUCCCAAUUCUGAAGGCACCCAAGAGUUGAAGUUCACCAUCAAAGAGACAGUGUGUCCAGCAGGAAAAGAACAUUUUUCGGACGAAUGCAACUUCAAGGAAGACGGGGUGGUCAGAGAAUGCACGGCCACCUAUUUCCUUCAGGAGAAGCCCCCGCUGGCUUUUGUCAGCUGCGACGCCGUGGAGGGAAUAGAGGAAGAAGAAGAGGAAGAGGAGGAGGAGGAUCAACCGGAACGUUUCAAGAAACUGAAGAAGCUUUUUAAGAAGAUCAAGAAAGGCGCAAAAAAAGGCAUCAAGAUAGUCACCAAGACGGGCGCUCAGAUUUUUCUCCAGAAGCAAAUUCUUGGAAAAAUCACAGGAUAACGGAAGAGCCGGCCUCCAGACGUCUUUCGAUCCGAGGAAAAUCAUUUCCGCAUAAAACGACGGGGUGGGGUGGGGUGGGUGGGGA